CAAAAAAGAAAAAAAAAAAAAAAAAGAAAAAACUUUCAUUACUUUCCUUUCUCUUUUGCUUAAUAUCACUUCAUCAACCAUGGCUCAAUACAAGUAUGACGUUGUCAUGUCCUGCGGCGGAUGCUCUGGCGCUGUGACCAAAGCCCUGUCAAAGCUCCAAGGUGUCGAAAGCUUCGAUGUUUCUCUUGAAAAACAGAAAGUCACUGUUGAAUCAUCUACUCUGUCGGAGAAUGAGAUCCUGACUGCUAUUCAAAAGACCGGCAAGACUGUCAAGGUCGCUUCGGAUUAAACAGGGGCUUUCUUCAGUGAAUGACCUUUUUUAUCAUGCACAUUAUCUUUCUCUUUUUAUUUUAUGACUAUGCUUGCCCCCAUUCCCUUUUUUUACGCAGUAUACAUUCAUUAAGCAAUAAAAACAAC